AUGGCAAUAACUACUCGAUUAAUAUUGUUGCUAUUAUUAUCCAUAUUCACAUUUACAACAUCAGGUGCACAACUGGAUCCAGUUGAAUAUAAUAACCUUAUGUGGAUAUCUACACAAUAUGGUAUGAAUUGGAACUCGAUCAACUCAUACUCAGCAUGUAGUAAUAUACCAGAGAUUAAAUGUUUGGAACCACCUGGUAGUCUGUUAACAGUGACCAUUGGUGGCGGCGGCAGUUCAUACUCAUUGAUACAAUCGAUAACGAUCAAUUUGAAUCGUGCACCAAUUGCCAAGAACUCAUCAUUGCCAAUCAAUAAUAAUGGAAAAUUGGUAUUCAAUAAUUUGGAAUCAUUGUCUAUCAAAUACUCGAGUGCACUGGCCAAAGCUGUACCAUGUACAUCAGUCCUGGACUACCUUGUAUCCAACUCAUGUAUCUCAAUCACAUUACUCAAUGACAACACAUUAAUGACACUUCCAAAACAGCUAAUGUCCAAUGUUCCCAAGUUAUCAUUCUUAUCACUUGUAAAUAGUUCAAUUUCCUCAAUUCCUGAUGAAAUAUCAACCAAUCUGUAUUUAAAUCAACUUGACAUGCGAGGCAACGAAAUCAAGUAUUGGAAUGUAUCCAAGACAGUUUCAUCAAUUGCCAAACUAUCCCUGGACAUCAAUCUUUUGGGUCUGGCUGACAUCUCUAUCAAGACUAGUAACUUCCCCAAUCUUCUAAACAUUAAUCUUAAUAUACUCGGUGGAAACAACUUACUCAAUCUAACUGUUGGUGUUAACAACAAGGAUGGCAUUAUUAACAUCAAGUCACUGAUUGACAUCAAUGUUCUGAAUCUUCCAAUAUGGCCAAGCUCAUUGAUCACGGACAUUCCAUUCAUCAAGAACUUGAUAUCAAACAAUAGUUCAUUCAAUGUUACUAAUGGUGGAGGAUGUGAUGUUUCAAAUAUUAGUGUCAAUGCAACUAGUAUACCUAAUUGCUUCACUUGUAUGUUGGAGAAGUUCAACUUCUACCUCACACAUCCAAUCAACACACCAUUCAACUAUAGUUGUGGACCAAAGGAGUAUCCAUAUGUAACAGGUGUACCACAACUAUUCUCCAACGAGACAUUGGUUGUCAUGGAUGGUGACUUUGGUGAUACAGUAUCCCUAUCAAACACUCUAAUUACAAUUGACAACACAACAUGUUCACUCACAUCCGUGACCCGCGGUCGAGUCCAAUGCCAGAUGACCUUCAACAACUAUGGAUCACUGCCACUUACCGUCAAUGUCAAUGGCAAGACAUUCGCAUCAGACUCUUUGAUUAAUGUUAUCGACAUCAAGCCAGUCAACAAGAAUUGCAACUGUCGCGAGUUUGGACACUUCUUGAUAUCCAGCCCCAAGUAUACUCAGGACCCUGCUACCCCGGUGGGCACAUUCAAUGUCACUUCAAACUCAACUACAUCGGAUGCGGAGUCUGAGGAGUUUACAUUCUCAGUGGCCGAGGUACAGGAAGUUGAUGGUCUGGGCAAUGUGGUGCGAUUUAUUAAUGUCGACAGCUAUAAUGUACAACAACAAAACACAUCAGUCAAGACUACUAUCGAGUUCAUCAAUGAGACUAGACAAGUAGUGUUUGCUGGCCGCACACUCACACUACUUGGCGGCACAUCCAAGAUGUGGAUCAACAUCACCAACUGGCCAUACUUGCUAUCGAGCAACCAUCUCCGCGUGCUGUUCAAGAUGAACUCGGCACGUGCUCAACAAGCCGGUCAACUGCGCCUCAUCAACCAGGACUCGGUGUACCAGAGCUACGCACUGUCCACCGGUUCCUUUGACUUUUACGGCCGUUUCCUCACCGUGAUGAUGUCCAAUGGUGUGCCGGCAUUCUCCAAGAUCGGACUAGUGCAUAUCAACGACACGAGCAUGGUAGCAAUGCACUUGCCAUUGUGUUCCGAAUGUGUUAUAGAUCCUGACUUUGGAACAUUGGUGUCGAUCAAGGCGCAAGAGGAUCAGGGCAAGCAGUCCAAAUUCACAAUGUUGAUGAUUGUCUCCAUUGUUUGCGUGUCAGUCUUUGUCAUCCUCGCGUUGGCAUUGGCAACAUUCCUAACCGUUCGAAAGAUGAGACGUUACAGCAAAGAGAAAAAGACCAUCACAGAGAAGAUUGAUGCUUAUAAGACUCCUGGAAUUAUAUAA